UUCUCUGAAACUAAAAUCUUAACCCAGUCCAAAAAAGUCAGAAUUUACAAAUAAAAACCCAGCCCAAUAAAGUCAGAAUUUACCCAUUAAUUAAAAAAAAGGGAAAAUUAGAAUAUCAAAUUGAGAGAGAGAUUCAUACAGACAGUACUCACACAAUGCCGACACAGCAGUCACAGAGGGCCAGCCGGCCAGACCCAACUGCCAACAUCGCCAUUUCCGGUCAGCACGACGCCGCCCUCUAUCUGCCAAAUUUCUAGAAAGAAAGAAAGAACGAAGCAAAACACACAAUAAAGCUUAUGGCUACUGCUGGUGAUAGACACACAUUUCCCUCAAUAAUAAUAAACCAGGAAUUGAGUCUGAGGCCAUUUGAGAUUCGAACGUGGUAAUUGACAGUGAGUGAUGGAGAUGUUCACUGGAAAGUAGAGAGAGAGAUAGAGCAUUCUUCAUGAACUGAGUCGUCGAGUCGGCGCUACUAUUCUCCUUCUCCGGACAACUCCUUUUUAUCUCAAAGGAGUUGUUUGUCAAUGGAAUGCCUUGGUUGUUGUUGUACUAAUUAUAGUAGUAGCGUUGGGUGGCCAAGUUUUGUGUUCCAAUCUCUUAACACAAAAAAGAGAUUGCCAUUUCUCUUUUCACCUCCUCUCCACCACCCAUCUCCAUUUCUUUCCAUUUCCACCCCUUCUAUUAUUAAUAAACAAAUUCAUCCUUUUCAAAAUAUCAAACUCAAACCAAACUCUUCUCUCUUUCUUCCUCUCCUACUCGGGGGUAAUGGCAACGAUGAUGACAACAACAACAACAAUAACAACAAUGGUGGUUCGGGUUCUUGGUGGUGGCAUGACAAUUCCUCUGGAGGAGGCUCUCAUUUCCCCUUUCCCCUCUUCUCCAUCAUCUUAUUUUGCUCCUCUAUCUUAUGCUGCUUUUGCUACCUCCAUUUGUCCAAAUCUGCUCUUGCAAGAACUACUACUAGUACUACUACUUCUACUACCACCAAUUCCUCUACCUUUCAGGACUCUGACUCAACCAAGUCUUCUUCUGUUUGGGAAGUGAGCGGAGGUAAAAGGACCAAGCUUAUCCCUGACCCUUUUCAAGAUGCAUUCAUUCUUGCCAAUGCUAAUGCUAUUCUUAGCCCCCAAUCCUUCCUCCCUCACAACUUGUGGUUGUGUUGCACUGAACUCUUCUACUGUUUCAUGCUCCCUCAAGGCUUUCCCCACAGUGUAACCAAUGAUUACCUUGAAUACUCUAUCUGGAGAGGAGUCCAGGGUAUUGCCAGCCAAAUCAGUGGUGUUCUCGCCACACAGGCCUUGCUCUAUGCUGUUGGCUUGGGGAAAGGAGCUAUUCCUACAGCUGCUGCUGUCAAUUGGGUACUCAAGGAUGGAAUUGGUUAUCUCAGCAAAAUUAUGCUCUCCAAAUAUGGUCGUCAUUUUGAUGUCCAUCCCAAAGGAUGGAGGCUGUUUGCUGAUCUUUUGGAAAAUGCUGCUUUCGGGUUGGAGAUGCUGACUCCUGCUUUCCCACAUCUUUUUGUUCCUAUUGGUGCUACUGCUGGAGCUGGACGCUCUGCUGCUGCACUCAUCCAGGCUGCUACUAGGAGCUGUUUCUAUGCUGGUUUUGCUGCUGAAAGGAACUUUGCUGAGGUAAUUGCCAAGGGUGAAGCUCAAGGAAUGGUGAGCAAGUUUAUUGGUAUCAUGCUUGGAAUAGGAUUGGCUAACAACAUAGGCUCCUCUACAUCUCUUGCCCUUGCUUCUUUUAGUGUGGUGACUUGGAUUCACAUGUUCUGCAAUCUGAAAUCAUAUCAAUCAAUUCAACUCAGAACUUUAAACCCUUAUCGUGCAAGUUUGGUCUUUAGUGAAUAUCUCCUUAGUGGUCAAGCACCUCCAAUCAAAGAAGUCAAUGAUGAGGAACCACUUUUCCCAGCUCUACCAUUUUUAAAUGUAAAAUCCUCAUACAAAGCACAACCAACUGUAUUAUCUUCCAAGGCAAAGGAUGCAGCUGCUGAAAUUGAGCAUCGGCUGCAGUUAGGAUCUAAGCUCAGUGAUGUUGUCAGCAAAAAGGAGGAUUUACUUGCACUGUUCAAUUUGUAUAGAAAUGAAGGCUACAUCUUGGCUGAGCACAAAGCAAUUUUCUAUGUGGUGCUAAAAGAAAGUUCCUCACCUCAUGACAUGCUCAAGGCAUUGUUCCAUGUCAAUUAUCUGUACUGGUUGGAGAAAAAUGCUGGAUUUGAAGCAAGAAGUGUUUCUAAUGACUGCAGAUACGGAGGGAGGCUGCAAAUAUCUCUAGAGUAUGUGCAAAGGGAGUUCAAUCAUGUUAAAAGGGAUGGGGAGUCAAUGGGUUGGGUCACAGAUGGGCUUGUUGCAAGGCCUUUACCUACCAGGAUUCGUCUAGGGCAUGUGGCCUCUUCAAUUGCUUCUUGAUAUCACAUAUGGAUCAUAAUUUCCUUGUGCAAUCGCUCUUACAGCUUUCAAGAUUACAAGCAAAUGCUAAAGUAAAUCAUAUUUCAGGUCACUGUUGGACUCAACUCUGUUGCCUUUUUACUCAUUCCUUGCUGCAAGUACAUACACGUCCAAGUUCUCAAACAGUGAAAAUUUUGCAAAGCCUUGGGGGGUCACCUAAUGUGACAUUGAAAUAAGACAGAGCAUACACUUGAUAGUUGAUACAACCAUCGUCUAUGAUUGAUCACAUGAUGGGGAAGCACAUAAUAUAAGUUGGUGCGUGGCACUUGCUCAAGCAUGGUUUUUUUAGAAACUAUUGAUUCUUACAAUGGAUGUCUUGUCGUUGGCAUCAUCAUUCACAAUAUUAAUUCCUUGUAAUGUACUUUGUUUUGCGAUCUUAUGAAGUCCACUCUGUCCUUUCAUGGAAUUCUAAGAAGGUGCCUAUAGGAAUACAAAGUGGAUCUUUUAUUCUUUGUAGAAGUGCACAGCCCUAAUUCACAGUUGGAUUGAAUUUAUUUGGGUGAUGAUUUCCUCAAUUGUGUGGCAUGAGAAGGUAUGGAUAUCUAGUGUUUAUAGAAAAUCAGAUGUUCUAUGGGAUUGAAGAUUAGAAAGUUCUUCACGUGUAAAAUUCAAAGUCCUACAAUUUCAUUUGCAACAUCAGAUACGUUAUAAAACAUGAAUUUGAAACAAGCACUUUAUUUUUUGGCUGGAACCAUA